AUGUAUGGAUAUUGUUUGCGUGGUCAAAUGGAUAGAGCGAGGAGCAUUUUUGAUUUCAUGAUAGAUAAGAGCAUUGAGCCUGACAUUAUUUGCUAUAACGUACUAAUAAAUGGAUAUUGUAAGAAAAAGAAAUUGGCCGAGGCUAUGCAAAUGUUUCGUGAAAUUUCUCAAAAGAGACCAAAACCUAAUGUUGUUACCUACAAUACUAUCUUGCAAGGUCUAUUUGAAGUUGGAAGAAUUGGCUCUGUUAAACAAUAUGGACUUGUUGAAGAAGCUAUGUCAUAUUUUAAUAAGUUAGAAAUAAAGAGAGUAAGUAGAGAUAUUGGAUUUUACAAUGGUGUCAUUAAUGGAUUGUGCCAAAAUGGUGAACUCGACAAAGCUCAUGCUAUUUUUGAGAAGCUUUCUAUAAUGGGAUUGCUUCCUAAUUUAAGAACAUACAAUACAAGGAUAACUGGAUUUUGUCUGGAAGGGUUGUUAGAUGAAGCUAAAGCUAUGAUAAGAAAAAUGGGGGACAACGGUUAUUUGCCAAAUGAGGUCACUUACAAUGUUAUUGUGCAAGGAUUUCUCAGGUAUAGCAAAAUUGGUGAAAUGACAACUUUUAUGAAGGAAAUGGCUGGAAAGGGUUUCUCAUUUGAUGCAACUACAACUGAGUUACUGAUAAACAUUAUAAGGAAGAACCCUUCCGUCCUUGACAUGAUGCCACAUUUUCACUCGAAAACUAAGAAGUGA